UCGGGUUAGCUUAGUACCGAAUUUGAACUUUGUCUUCUCAUAUGGGUCAUUUUGCUUGAGAUUGUGAUUUGUUUCAAGCUGUUUGUCACGAUAUAAACGAGAAAUAUAUAAUUGAAAAGAUAAACUAUAAUGGAUUCUGCUCAUAACUAUCCGAGUGACAGCGACGUAAGUGAUGAGGACUUCUGUCCUGACAAGGAAGUUGAGUCUGGAAGUGAACAAGAAUCUGAUGGCCUUGACGACAUUAAAGAACAGGAUGAGAACAACGACACUAAAUCAAUAGGCACCGGCGCUGAAAAAAAGCGCAAACGGAAGACAGGACAUCCGGGGAAGAAAAAGACAAAGAUUCAACCUUCAGAAGAUUCUCAAAAGGUGCACGAAGAACGCGAGGAGCUGGACGAGGAAGAAGAAAAGCAAAAAACAGAUGCACUUUGGGCUGAUUUUCUCGCCGGAACCGAAAGUUCAAAUAGUUCUUUAGUAUCGAAAGAAGCAACGGUGACAGAACCUAGCAACACCCUCAAAUCAACUGUGCAUGCUAGACAGACUGAGACUGCUAAAGAAAUUACCGUUACUAAAAUUUUUGAAUUUGCUGGUGAAGCGGUUGAAGUGACGGAAAAAGUUCCGAGUUCAAAAGCCGAGGAUAAUUCGAAAAACCCAACAAAACCAGCACUAGCAUCCGUUUCAUCCAAUAUCAAAAGUGGUCUUUCGAGACCGUUUUCAGGUCGACCGUCAGGCGGUGGUCUGGGAUCAGUAUUAAGCCAAAUUGGAAAGAAAAAUAAACUAAGCACGCUGGAGAAAAGUAAGCUAGACUGGAAUAGCUUCAAAAAAAUAGAGGGAAUUGAAGAGGAAUUACAAAAUCAUAAUAAAGGAAAGGAUGGGUAUCUAGAAAAACAAGACUUUUUGGAACGGGCGGAUCUGCGGCAAUUCGAGAUAGAAAAAUCUUUUCGACAAACUACUAGAAGUAAACGUUAAUAUGAACUACCCGCACAGUACACUAGCUUUUUAAUCGUAUGGUAUGCUUAAUUUCUUAAUGACUCAUUUUUAUGCAAAAACCAAGAAAUUACAGGACUGCAAUCGUUACAGCGCAGAUAAUCAAACAUUUGCGAUAUUCAUGAGAAUUCAACAUAACUCUUC